UUUAAUUUUAAGAGGGGAAGUGCGAUAAUUGAAAAUGGAAAAUGUCAAGGGGGUGAAAUGCGAUUUCUUCAGGAAAGAACAAGUAUGUUCUGGAAGAUGUUCGAAUUGCACCAAAAUCCGUUUGGCUCUGGAAAUUUCAAGAAUUAUCAGAUCACCAUAUAAAUACGCGUGCUCCAACCAAAUCCCAUCGAAAAUUAAAAACUUAUUAUCUGCGAACUAUCAAUUUCUUCAUCAACAACCAAAUCAAGCAGUUCGUCAUCCAGCAUUAUUUUUUGCAGAAAUGUCUCUGAUUCCGAGCUUGUUUGGCAAUGGCCCUCGGAGUAACGUGUUCGAUCCACUUUCAUUGGAUGUUUGGGACCCAUUUCAGGGCUUCCCAUUCUCCUCCGCCGGAGAAACAACCGCGGUGGCCAACGCUAGGAUCGACUGGAAAGAAACGCCGGAGGCACACUUGUUCAAGGUAGAUGUUCCCGGGUUGAAGAAGGAAGAAGUGAAAGUUGAGGUUGAAGAUGGGAAUAUUCUUCAGAUAAGCGGAGAGAGAAGGAAGGAGAAAGAGGAGAAGAAUGACAAGUGGCACCGCGUCGAGAGGAGCUCCGGCAAGUUUAUCCGCCGAUUCAGGAUGCCGGAGAAUGCUAAAUUGGAGGAGGUGAAGGCGGCGAUGGAGAAUGGGGUGCUGACUGUCACCGUGCCGAAAGAGGAGGUGAAGAAGCCUGAGGUCAAGUCCAUUCACAUAUCUGGUUAAUGUUUUAAUUUUGUAUUCCAGCAAGUUUUGGUUUGUGUGGUAGUUGUAAUGAACAAUGAAUAAUGUUGGUUUUGUUGCCCAAGUGAAAUAUCAAUAUUGUAUUAUCGAAUAAGCACUCAAAUUCCCUACUUUCCCAAA